AGAAAAAACAAAAUAAAUUUUGCGGGAAGGAACGAUCUGUAUGCUAAAAAAGCUCUGUAGAAUGGUUGGAAGAGGUGCUUUGAUCGUUUUAGAGGGUUGUGAUAGAUGUGGGAAGUCUACACAAAGCUGUAAACUCGUAGAAGUGCUGAACCAACGAGGAUCAAAGGCAUCAUUCAUGUGUUUUCCAGAUCGAUCAACGAGGAUUGGCUCUACAAUCAGUGACUACCUCGAGAAGAAGUGUGAGUUAGAAGACCAUGCUGUUCACCUCCUCUUUUCUGCUAAUCGAUGGGAAUUAGUACCAAAGAUAACUAGCCUCCUUGAGAGUGGAACUACACUGGUGAUUGACAGAUAUGCCUAUUCGGGUGUAGCAUUCACCGCCGCAAAACCGGGUUUCACAAUGGAUUGGUGCCGGAAACCAGACAUUGGCCUCCCAAAGCCAGACUUGGUGUUGUAUCUAGAUCUGAAGGCUGAAGAUCUGCAAGAGAGGAAAAACUUUGGGGAAGAAAGAUAUGAGAAGGCAGAGUUCCAGCAAAAAGUGGCAGAGAAUUACAAAAUACUCCGGGAACCAGACUGGCAGGUUCUAGAUGCUGGAAGAUCAAUAGAAGAGAUCCACUCUGAGAUACUGAAGUUAGCAGAGAAUGUGAUAAGAAAUGUGGAUGGGAAAGAAAUUGGAAAACUGUGGGUUGACCCUCCGACUUCCCCUACCAAAAGUCCUCCACUUUCGCCAAACAAAGUAAAACGAGUCAUUCCAGAAGAGACCGAAAUUCCUUGUUCUCCGAAAAGGGCGAAGUUGGGACCAAAAACCAUACCUGUCUCUCCAUCAAAAAUGAUCAAGUGCUUCUAGUGGGAAUUUUGUAGCACACUGUGCUGCAAAUGAGAAUGAGGUUUUGAGGAACAUUCUGAGUUAUGUCUUCUAAGUUCAAGGCUAAGCUUCGGAAAGAGCAUUUAAGAACUUCUGGGUUUCUACCUGUAGAAGAUUGCUCAAUAUACUACCUCUUAUUUUUGUAUUCCUGUACAUUUCAAUUGGUUACAAAUGUGGUCUGCGGUCUUGGAAUUAAGUAAUCAAGUUGUAAGCUUUGCAUGUUACUGUGACAAUCGGUUGUUUGCAUAAUAUGAUAUGGAUAUAUAAUAUGCAUGCUCUUUGGCAUUAAGUAAUACAUGCAUGGGAAUUCUUUUAACUGCAAGGUAAGGGGGAAAUUAUGUAAUGAUAACUCUAUAUUUUCAAAGGCUUUUUGCCAAAUGGCUGUGGGGGGAAUCAUAGCUUUUGCAUGCCCCUUUUUCGCAGAUAGUGAGUUCUUCAUUUUUUGUUGGCAAUAGACCGGUUUCUGUAACUGUCAUUUGUGAGACUCUGUCUCUGCACCAAAAAGUGUUCAACACCUGGUUACGCUAUAAAUGUUAGCCAUUCAUAUUUGUGUAUGUUCAUGGUUACAAGUAAGAAUAUAUUUCGUAUAAUAGAAAAUGAAA